CAAUCCUCCACCAUUUCCAGUUUAAGACCCGCUCGACCCUCGUAAACACUUCGGGUGCGUUCGGCUUUUUCCGUCUCCAUCAUCAUUCCUCCCGCGUCCGUGGCGACUGAAGCCUUGUGGACGCGCCGCGGAGCCGCAAAGGCGCUGGAGCGAUCGAAGAAGCCCCCCGUCUCCCCUCCAACGCGCCGUCUUCUCUACUGGAGACUCUUCCGUCUUUUUUCCCCCCUUUCCUUAUUUACUCGUCCUUUUUUCUCCCCUCUUUCGUUGUUUAAUUCAUUUUAAUCAUGAACCGAGGCGGUAGCGCGAGCGCAAUUUUGUGAACAUGAGCGACGGGAAAGAGAAAAAAUCACAGAAGAUGAUGAUGAAUUUGUCCGGUUUCCUGUUUGUACCCGCUUUAUGGGGACUCGCACUCGGUGGAUCACCGAGCGUUCAAAUCGGCGGCCUGUUUCCGCGCGGUGCGGAUCAGGAGUACAGCGCGUUUCGGGUCGGUAUGGUGCAGUUCGGCACAGCUGAAUUCCGCCUCACUCCGCACAUCGACAACCUAGAGGUGGCCAACAGCUUCGCCAUCACCAACUGCUUUUGCUCACAGUUUUCCCGAGGUGUCUAUGCUAUCUUCGGCUUCUACGAUAAGAAGUCUGUGAACACCAUCACGUCGUUCUGCGAGACUCUGCACGUGUCCUUCAUCACGCCGAGUUUACCUGCCGAUGGCUUCAAUCAGUUUGUGUUGCAGAUGAGGCCCGACAUCCGAGGCCCUCUGAUUAGCCUGGUUGAGUACUACAAAUGGGAGAAGUUUGCGUAUCUGUACGACAGUGAUAGAGGCUUAUCCACCCUACAGGCCAUUCUGGACAUGGCAGCUGAGAAGAAAUGGCAAGUGACAGCUAUAAACGUAGGCAACCUGAAGGACGAGAGGAAAGACGAGGCCUACCGCUCGGUUUUUCAGGACCUGGAUAAUAAAAAGGAGAGGAGAGUGAUCCUGGACUGUGAGCAGGACAAGGUCAAAGACAUCAUGGAGCAGGUCAUCACGAUUGGUCGUCAUGUGAAAGGAUAUCAUUACAUCAUCGCUAAUUUUGGCUUUUUGGACGGAGACCUAUCCAAAAUUCAGUAUGGAGGUGCGAACGUGUCCGGCUUUCAGAUCGUGGAUUUUGACGACCCUCUGGUCGCCAAGUUUGACCAGCGCUGGGAAGCUCUGGAGGAGAAAGAGUACCCGGGGGCAGACAGCAAGAUUCGAUACACCUCUGCUCUGACGUACGAUGCAGUUCAAGUGAUGACUGAAGCCUUUCGCUUCCUGCACAAGCAAAGGAUCGACAUCAGUCGUCGUGGGAACAAUGGGGACUGCCUGGCCAAUCCGGCUGUACCAUGGGCACAGGGAGUGGAAAUAGAACGUGCUCUCAAACAGGUGCGAGUGGACGGACUGACGGGAAAUAUCCAGUUUGACCAAUAUGGCAAGAGAGUGAACUUCUCAGUCAACAUCAUGGAGCUGAAGAACAGCGGGCCGGUGAAGAUCGGCUACUGGAAAGAGGUGGACAAAAUGGUGGUCACCAAAUCUGACCUCUUCCCCAACGACACGUUCGGGAUGGAGAAUAAGACCGUCAUCGUGACAACCAUCUUGGAGGCACCGUAUGUGAUGUUAAAGAAGAACGCAGAGUUGUUUACAGAUAACGAUCGUUACGAGGGAUACUGCGUGGACCUGGCGGCUGAGAUUGCCAAUCACUGUCGGUUUAAGUAUCAACUGAAGAUCGUGGGAGAUGGGAAGUAUGGCGCUAGAGACGCAGACACAAAGAUCUGGAAUGGCAUGGUGGGAGAACUGGUGUAUGGGAAAGCGGACAUAGCCAUAGCGCCUUUGACGAUCACGCUAGUCCGUGAAGAAGUGAUCGACUUCUCCAAGCCCUUCAUGAGCCUGGGAAUCUCCAUCAUGAUCAAGAAGCCGCAGAAGUCCAAGCCGGGCGUCUUCUCUUUCCUGGACCCUCUGGCCUAUGAGAUCUGGAUGUGUAUCGUGUUCGCCUACAUCGGCGUCAGCGUCGUGCUCUUCCUUGUUAGCCGCUUCAGCCCAUACGAGUGGCACACCGAGGAGUUUGAGGAUGGCCAGCUCGGGCCCAGCGAGUCCAAUAAUGAAUUUGGGAUCUUUAAUAGUCUGUGGUUUUCUCUGGGCGCUUUUAUGCAGCAGGGAUGCGAUAUUUCGCCAAGGUCACUGUCUGGGCGUAUAGUUGGUGGUGUGUGGUGGUUCUUCACCCUCAUCAUCAUCUCAUCUUACACGGCCAACCUGGCCGCUUUCCUCACUGUGGAGAGGAUGGUGUCCCCCAUCGAGAGCGCAGAGGAUCUCGCCAAGCAGACUGAAAUCGCCUACGGAACCCUCGAUGCCGGUUCAACCAAAGAAUUCUUUAAGAGAUCAAAGAUUGCCCUGUUUGAGAAGAUGUGGCAGUACAUGAAAAGCGCAGAGCCCUCUGUCUUUGUGAAGAACACGGUGGAAGGCGUGCUACGCGUUCGCAAGUCCAAGGGCAAAUACGCCUACCUUUUGGAAUCCACCAUGAACGAGUACAUCGAACAGCGCAAGCCGUGUGACACCAUGAAGGUCGGAGGCAAUCUCGACUCCAAGGGCUACGGCAUCGCCACGCCCAAAGGAUCUGCUUUAAGAACACCAGUAAACCUUGCAGUAUUGAAACUCAGUGAGCAAGGCGUCUUAGACAAGAUGAAAAACAAAUGGUGGUACGAUAAAGGGGAAUGUGGAGCCAAGGACUCGGGAAGUAAGGAGAAGACAAGUGCUCUGAGCUUGAGCAACGUGGCGGGGGUCUUCUACAUCCUGGUGGGCGGCCUCGGCCUGGCCAUGCUGGUGGCGCUGGUGGAGUUCUGCUACAAAUCGCGUGCUGAGGCCAAGCGCAUGAAGAUGACGUUCACAGAGGCCAUGCGCACUAAGGCCAGGCUGUCUAUAACUGGCAGUAUUGGGGAGAACGGGAGAGUGCUGACUCCGGAUUUCUCUAAAGCCGUGCACGCUGUGCCCUACAUGAGACCAGGCAUAGCAAUGCCUCUUAACGUGAGCGAGCUGUCCUGAGUGCCUUACACACAACACACACACAUUUUCAGACAUACUUUUACUCACAUUCUCAAAACAUACUUUGACAUUCACUUGACUUGCAACUAAUUACUUAAAAUUACACAGCAGUGCUACGCACUUAUACCAUAUUUUCUAGACGAUAUAGUUUUGUUCUGUUUUUUAAACAUUAGGCCAAUCUAAUUGAACCCUUAUUGUGAUUACAAACAAAAGCUGCUGUGUAAAACCUAACCUGAUUCAGUGCAGUUCGAUUCUGUUCUGUGCAGUGUGUUUUUUAUCGCACACAGCCAACGUAAUGGCAAAAAUGUGUAUCAUGUGCAUAAUGUCAUGUCACAUAGAAUAAAGCAGUGUGACUAAUGUUUAAGCAUUUUCAAGCUAGUUACACUCAGGUGCAGAUAUAACCCUCAUUAUUCACUUAAUUAGCUCUCCAUCAUAACUGAAGUGGUAGUUACUCAUCAUCUUUGUUCAGAUAAACUCAAGACAUCUGAAAUAUUAGCACCAUGAGCCAGAAUGUCCAUCUGUGAAGAUGUACAGCACAAAAAUUUGAGUGGUAUCGACUCUUUGAAUCAACUCAACUCUCUCACUCCUGGAAUCCUACUGAUUCAUCUAUGAAAAAUUAACAAUGGCCAUUUAGAGAAUUCCUAUAGCCCUGUACACCUUAAUGCCUGACCAGCUGAUAAAUGACUCAUCAUAGUGGCAACAUUUAAUCUGGAUAUUUCGAUAUUUAUCUAGCUUACUGAGCUUAAAGUUUAUUUCUUGAAAUCCAUAAGGUGUAUAAAGCAUUUGGAUGUAUUUCCAGGCCUGAUGGAGGAAUUCAUUCAAUACAAUCAUGAACACAUCUACAGUGUACAGCAACAAUAACAAGACUAAACAACACUUUAGAAGUGUUUGUGUCAGAACAAACAUUAUGUAGAAUAAGAAACUUAUAUAUAGUCUGGAAAAUAUGGUAUAUAGAUACAUUUACUUACAUGCACACGAUCAAUAAGUUUGCCUAUCAAUAAGUUUAUACAUGUAUAUCACAAGCACUUACAGACUGAAACACACACACACUUGUACAUACACAUCAUAGGAAAAUGUACAGAUGCAAAACGAGACGUUUGGUUAACACAUGCACGAUGUCCUACACAAAGGACAUAUUUAUUUGCGCCCACGUUCUCUCUCUCUCUCUUGAUGUUUUUUCCACAACAAACACGUUUUUCUGCAUCCUGGAUUCCAAGAAACACAAGCACACUUGAAUCAUCUGCAUUCGAUACGGCUUUCUUUUCUCGGGUUCUAAUGUGAAAUAUCAGAAAGGAAAAAAAUUAUUAUUAUUGUUAUUUUUUUUAGAUUUUUCAAGAAAAAAAAAGAAAGUGGCGAUGAGCCUCCAUCCAUAUUGUAAAAUAAUGUUACAGAAUCGUUUCAAAGCCAAACGAGUUAAUUUAAUGUAGGUGCGGUGUUUUGAGCAGAUUUGUUUGUUAUAUGAAUUAUAUAUUGAAAAUAUCUAUUGACCAUGUAAAUAUCUAUACUUUUGUCCUUUUGAUGUUACAAUGGAUGAAAAAAAAAACUAUUUUCGUUGCAUUUUCUUCUAAGGAAAAAAAUUUGAGUUGUUGAAAUGUGAUGUUAAUUUGUCUUUAAAAAAUAAUGUUAUUUUUUUUUCUUCUGUUGGAUAAGACAAAUGUAGUUUUAUAGCUCUGUCAUUGACAUUAUAAUAAUAAAAAAAAAAGCUUAAAAAAAAAGCCUGACAUGCAAAACAUUCUCUUUUGCAGGGUCAGUGAUAACAUGAAUUAGAAUUGCAUAUCAUUGUAUUAAUAAUGUAAGCCUAAUUAUAAUACUCCGGUAGAAUUUUUGAAGCUUGUGGAAACUUUCGACUUCCAAACCUCUUCUUAGGGAUUAUGACUGGCUAUGUGGGAUAAACCAAAUGAAUUCAAGCAGGAAGGAUUUAUAGCACCAUGAGUCGUUUUAAUAAGCGGGAGUCAGAAAACUCAAUUCUUACUAAUACUAAAUAGUUAUAGUAAUAAUUGAAUGUUCUAAAUUAAAUAUAAAUAAACUUUCUUAAAAGCAUAAAUUAAAGGCAUAUAAUUUCAUACCUUGAGGUGCUAGCUAAGAGUGGAUUUGGAAUUUUAUUGUUUUUUUUCUGGGUUUCGGCUAAGCUGUUAGCAGAGAUCAUUUUUACCUAGCUAGCUAUAAUGUAAAUAAGACAUCACUUGGUAGAAAAUGUUACAUAUUACGGCACAUUAUUGUACCAGUAAACAGUAGUAGAAGCUAAAAUCUAUCAUGGUGAGGUAGCAGGGAAACUGAGAGGAUGUCUCUUUCAUCUUACUAGGAAAGAAAUCUAGCCAACAUUUUCCAUGGUUAAAAAUAACAGCAUGGUACUAGAGACUUGGUAGCUUGAAAUCCAAAUUCAUGGUUAGAAAUUGAACAGAGAUAAAGCCAGUAGACAGGAAAAUGGCUUAAAUGCUCAUAAUAUAAGGAAUAAAUAACUCAAGACAAAUAUUCCUUUACUUUGGAAAUCAGAUUGUGGUCCAUGUCAAUUUUAAUUCCAGUAUCAUUUUAGCUCUAUAGACUUUCAUUGUCAUUAAUAAACCUAUCUGAGAAUUCUGACUGAAAAAAGACUUAAGAAUCUAAUUCUAGCUCACUAAAAUGUUAUUAAAAUCCAUCAAGAACUGACUCCUGGCAUUAUUUAAAAUACUCACAGAGCAAUGAACCCUCCCUUGUUCUCCAUUUCCAUUCAUUCCCUGAUGUAACUAUUCACAAUCCUUUCUGCCUUCAGAGGAAGUUUGACUAAGUAAAACUCCCAUGAGCUCUUUCUAAAUGCCAAAUAGUGUUUUGUGCCAAAAUACUCCUGGCAUCUUUAUACAGUGUUUAAAGCGAAAUAACUGAAAUAAAACAUAAUAAAAAUUCCUCUUUUAUAGAUCUAAUUUAAAUACAUUCUUUUAAACAUAUUGUACGUUGGAUUAUGUGCACUACUAUAUGCAGUCCUAACUGUGAAACGCAUGAGAACCAUUAAGUUGAAUCUUUUUAUUUCUUUUUUUAAUAAGCAAAUACUACAACAGCGAUGGUGAUGGUGAUAACGCAAAUGAAGUAGAGCUUCUGUACUGAGCUUCUGAGAAAUGAGAAACCUGAGAAAUAUGAGACAGAGUAUAUCACCACAGAAAAUAUAUGAAUAUUGAUAUUGAACCUCUAUGCUGAGCACCCUUUUUCUAUGCCAUGCUGUGUAACUGCAAUUCAUUAGUUUUCUAUGUAUAUUGUAUUGUAUAUAAAAGCAGAGACCAUCCAUGUGUAUAACUCCGAUCUCUAAUCGUAUGAACACACACACACACACACACACACACACACACACACACACACACACACACACACACACACACACACACACACACACACACAUACAA